AUGUCUUUAGGCAUUCCAGGAUCGCAAACGGGCGGCCUCUCUGUCCCAAACGACGAAGACGAAAAAUCCGCCGGCCGUCAACGAGCACCGUCAGACACCUCUUUCCUCAGCGCACAAAGUGAUCAAACAUUGUUAGCACCUCCGACUCCGGGAGGCGCCAGUAUGGCCUCCAGUGUAACCGUGGGGGACGCGGAUGCCUUAGCGCCAGAUCCCGGGAGCGAGGCCGACUUCGAGGUCGAGAAUAACAAGUUUGCGUUCAGCCCGGGGCAGAUGAACAAGUUGCUGAACCCCAAAUCCCUGGCGGCGUUCACGGCUUUGGGAGGUCUGCGCGGCAUCGAGCGCGGCUUGAGAACGAGCAUCGAGUCCGGGCUGAGUAUCGACGAGGGGGAUCUCGAAGGCAGCGUAACUUUCGACGAGGUCGCCGGAUCGCAACAAGGCAAGGGCGAUGAUAACCCAUCAACGUUGGAGUCUGCUGGCGGGCAACCAGGGUCGUUCUCGGAUCGCAUACGAAUUUUUAAGAGAAAUGUUAUUCCGGCGAAAAAGGCUACGCCGUUGUGGAAAUUGAUGUGGAUGGCCUACAACGAUACAGUCCUGUUGGUGUUGACUGGUGCUGCAGUCAUCAGUUUAUCUCUUGGGCUCUACGAGACGUUCCGGACGGAUUCGAGUUCUUCCGAGGGUGGAUCAGAUUCUGGAAAAGAUACGAAAUGGGUCGAAGGUGUAGCGAUUAUUUGUGCCAUUCUUGUCGUUGUUAUAGUCGGAGGUUUGAAUGAUUGGCAAAAGGAAAGGGCUUUUGUGAAGCUUAAUGCAAAGAAAGAGGAUCGUGAGGUUAAGGCUAUCCGUAGCGGUACUUCCACGGUAAUAAAUAUAUACGACGUCCUCGUCGGCGAUGUGAUACAUCUCGAGCCUGGGGACGUAGUACCUGCAGACGGGAUUUUCAUCUCGGGCCACAAUGUGAAAUGUGACGAAUCCUCAGCAACUGGUGAAUCCGACUCUCUGAAGAAGACAGGUGGAUUACAAGUAUCUCGACUCCUGGAAGAAGGCCACAGCAACCCCAAGAACCUGGAUCCGUUCAUCAUUUCUGGUGCCAAAGUCUUGGAGGGUGUCGGCACUUAUCUUGUGACGUCGGUCGGUGUCAACUCGAGUUUUGGCAAGAUCAUGAUGUCGAUGAGAACCGAGUCGGAAGAAACGCCACUUCAGGUCAAGCUGGGGAAAAUGGCCGCCGCAAUCGCUAAGCUGGGAACGGCUGCCGCAACCCUGCUCUUCUUCGUUCUGUUGUUCCGAUUCCUCGGCCAACUUGAUGGCGAUACCAGAACCGGGUCUGAGAAGGCCUCCGUCUUUACCGACAUUCUCAUUACGGCCAUCACAGUCAUCGUUGUCGCAAUCCCGGAAGGUCUCCCUCUCGCUGUCACUUUGGCCCUCGCCUUCGGUACCACUCGUCUGAUGAAGGAGAACAACCUUGUUCGAAUCCUCAAAGCGUGCGAGGUCAUGGGUAAUGCUACCACGGUAUGCUCGGACAAGACCGGUACCCUCACGACGAACAAGAUGGCCGUGGUCGCAGGCACGUUCGGGAAAGAUGAGUUUGACGCUAGCACGGCCAGCACCUUUUCCGCCAAGGUCCCCAAGGAUGUGAAAGAGAUGAUUGUCAGAUCGAUUGCCAUCAACUCAACCGCUUUCGAGGGUGUCGAAGACGGGGUUCCCACAUUCAUCGGAUCCAAGACUGAAAUGGCGCUCCUGAACUUCGCGAAAGAACACUUCGCCAUGGACACGCUCUCCAACGAGCGAGCAAACGUCGAGGUCGUUCAGCUGUUCCCCUUCGACUCCAACAAGAAGUGUAUGGGGGCCGCCAUCAAACAUGGUAACCAAUAUCGACUCUUCGUAAAGGGAGCAUCCGAGAUUGUCCUCGAGGCUUGUUCGUCCAUCGCGGAUGUCACUACCGGAGCCGUCUCGGACAUCUCUGGAGCGCCAAAGGAGCGAAUCACCGAGACGAUCAAUAUGUACGCUCAGAAGUCCCUCCGUACCAUCGGCCUUACCUACAAGGACUUUCCGUCCUGGCCCCCAGCGGGGACACAGUCCGCCGCAGAUCCAUCCGCCGCCGACUUCGACCCGCUCUUCGCGGACAUGACCUUCUCGGGUGUGGUUGGUAUCCAAGAUCCCGUCCGACCAGGUGUCCCGGAGGCCGUCGCCAAGUGCCAAUUCGCCGGUGUCAAGGUCCGCAUGGUCACCGGUGACAACGUCGUCACCGCGCGAGCUAUCGCGAAGGAGUGCGGCAUCGUCAGUGGUCACGAUGAGAACGACAUCGUCAUGGAAGGACCCGAGUUCCGCAAGCUUUCCGACGAGGCCAUGACGGCCAUGCUUCCGCGUCUGGCAGUGCUCGCUCGCUCUUCGCCACAGGACAAGCAGAUCCUGGUACAGAGGCUCAGAGCCAUGAACGAGACCGUGGCCGUGACCGGGGAUGGCACCAACGACGGGCCCGCCCUGAAAGCCGCCGACGUCGGCUUCUCUAUGGGGAUCGCGGGAACAGAGGUUGCCAAGGAGGCGUCCGCUAUCAUCCUCAUGGACGACAACUUCGCCUCGAUCGUCAAGGCCCUCAUGUGGGGGCGUGCCGUCAACGACGCCGUCGCCAAGUUCCUGCAGUUCCAGCUGACCGUCAACGUCACCGCCGUAACCCUGACCUUCGUCUCGGCCGUCGAGUCGCCGACGAUGGAGUCGGUGCUCAAAGCGGUGCAGCUGCUCUGGGUCAACCUCAUCAUGGACGUCUUCGCCGCGCUCGCGCUCGCCACCGACCCCCCCACGGAGGAGAUCCUCAACCGCAAGCCCGCGGGCAAGAAGGCGCCCCUCAUCACGGUCAACAUGUGGAAGAUGAUCAUCGGCCAGGCCAUCUUCCAGCUGGCGGUGACCUUCACGCUCUACUUCGCCGGGGCCUCCAUCCUCUCCUACGACACGUCGAUCCCGGAGAAGCAGCUCGAGCUCAACACGGUCAUCUUCAACACCUUCGUCUGGAUGCAGAUCUUCAACGAGUUCAACAACCGCCGGCUCGACAACCGGUUCAACAUCUUCGCCGGCCUGCAGCACAACUUCUUCUUCAUCGGCAUCAACUGCAUCAUGGUCGGCGCCCAGAUCGCCAUCGUCUACAUCGGCGGCGAGGCCUUCGCCAUCACCCGCAUCGACGGCACCCAGUGGGCCAUCUGCCUCGUCCUCGCCUCCUUCUCCUGGCCCAUGGGCGUCCUGAUCCGCCUCUUCCCCGACCCCUGGUUUGAGCGCGUCGCCCGCCUCGUCAUGCGCCCCGUCAUCCUCCUCUUCCGGAGCAUCAGGCGCGUCUACAGGAAGCUGCCGAGCUUCCGCCGGAAGAAGACCCCCGACCCGGAGGACGUCCGCGGCGCCGAGAAGCAGAGCAUCGAGGCGCUGCCGCCGCCGCCGCCGCCGCCCGCGGUGCUCACGGCGCCCGAGAUCAAGAUCGACGCCGAGCCGACGACGGAGGACAAGGAGGACGCGCCUCGCUGA